UUUAUCUGUUGUUUCCUUUGCUAUAACCCUAAUAUUCCAAAAAAGUAUCCAGCUGGUUACAAAGCUCAAACCCUAGCUAGAUAUUGCUCUCUGCCCAUAUACUAGUCUUCAUACUCCAAAAUAAAAAUAUGUCUUCUUCUUCUCCUAGUUCUGCUAGCUCUUGUGUCAACUUGGAAGCUGCUGAUAGAAACUCCAUGGAUUUGGUUCAAUCUUCUGAACAUCUUUGUUAUGUCCGUUGCAGCUUCUGCAACACUGUUCUUGCGGUUGGAAUUCCAUACAAGAGGCUGUUGGAUACAGUGACAGUGAAAUGUGGGCAUUGCAGUAACCUUUCCUUUUUAAGCACAAGACCUCCACUUCAAGGCCAAUGUUUUGAUCACCAAACCGCUCUUCAGCAUCAAGCUUUCUUCAGCGAUUUCAAGAAGGGCCAGUCUUCAUCUUCAUCUUCAAGUGAACCCUCGUCUCCAAAGGCACCUUUUGUUGUAAAACCUCCUGAGAAGAAGCACAGGCUUCCAUCUGCCUACAAUCGGUUCAUGAAGGAUGAGAUACAACGCAUCAAAGCAGCAAAUCCAGAGAUUCCACACCGAGAGGCUUUCAGUGCAGCAGCCAAAAAUUGGGCUAGGUACAUUCCUAAUACUCCAAAUGGGACCUUGGCUGAGAGCAGCAACAAUGCCUAGAUGUUGGAGGAGUAGUGAAGCAAAAUUUGGGAUCUACUGGGAGAUAUUAUGAGGCCACUCGGAAGAAAAUAUAUUUAUGUUUGACUUUAAUUUGUUUGUCUUGUUCGCAAACUUCUUACUGCUGGUACUCUAUAUUUUUAUCAUGGAGGAUUAAUUAGUCUCUACUUAUUUGCUACUUUCAACUUCCGUAGCAAAAAAUAUGUAUUCCUAAAUAUAUUUGCUUUCUGGUUUUUAGUUGCAUCCUUCUCGAUCGAUUGGACUUUUAGCUUAUUACGAAUUUGAAAAGCUUUAUUUUGCCUCUUGAA